AAAAAAUGGUACGUGAAAAAUUUAAAAUUCACAACCAUUUUACUCUCUUUUAUUCAACAAUGAAGAGGGCUGCUUGGCUGAUGGAAGACACUCAUGGUGAUGCUAGCUCUUUCUGCUAUCCCAAGACCUAUCAACUGCUGCACUCUAGUACUAAAAAGCUACAUCGUUUUACAAUACGCGUCCCAACUACUAUGGAGCCACAUCAAUCCAAGAUUGAUCUUUCCAUAUGUGAAACAAUAUACGCAAUACUAGAUCGCAAUGAAUCGAUGAUAAUCGAGGAUGAACUCAGUAUAGGUCGCUUGAGUUUGAGAAAUCCUGGAAGAAUAAAAUUUCUAUUCUUCUUGGGUGCUCAAGGUAAAGAAUAUAUUGACGAUAUUCUACGAUUAUUCCCAGACCAAUUCGACUCAAUUCUAUUUAUAUCAUCCAAUUUAGAGGUUAGGCAGGACCCAACCCUAAACAUGUCUGAUUCAGAAGAAUGCCGUCAAUUGGCCACCUACUUUCAAGUCAAAGAUCCAUUGGGAGGUGCUAAUUACCCGUUAAACUAUUUGGUUAUAAUCGAUGAGGACAAUGUCAUUCGUUGCAAACUACCUAUCAAAAUAGGACGCUACUGUCUUCUGCAUGAUAAGUUCGGAGCCAAUCUUGAACAACUUGAAGGUCUAAUUGAAGAGUACCUUACGUAUUUUGCAUCUGUGAGUUCUGGCCCCAAGGGAGCCAUUAAAAUAUUCUAACUACAAUCUGUCAAUCAUUGAACGAAAUUCUUAUUAAAAUAAAACACUAAUAUAC